UUCGUCUCUUAUCAAGGAAAUCGAUAUAGAAAUCGUUACUGCUAUUGUGUCUAGGAUGAACAAAGGAGACAAUCUCAAGUCAAGGAUAGGAAUAAUGCUCCCUGUGUCAUCCAAGUAGACUAUGCUCUCCGAGUUUGGAGGCGACUUCGCUAGAGCGCAUCAUUUUCCAGUAUCUGACACUGGCUUCGCUGGGCCUGAGUUCCACAAUGAUACAUAUGUUUGAAAGGUUGGCCAAAUCACGUCGAUGGGUCUGCACGGUAAGCAAUCUCCCUGACGGGGUCGGCGACAAGAUUAUAUCAGAUGUAAGACGAGGCUAUUCUUGGGCCUCCAUUGACAGCCCGAAGUUCAUGUUUAUACAUAUACAUCAUGUUGCUUAAGGUACUGAUGUUCAAACACGUCUGUCAUGCGUUUAAAGUACUCUACUGGCCCUUGGGAUGGCUAGCUGAUGCUGGGGUUAGCUGCUCCAAUGUACCGUCUGCUGCGUGACCAGGCGCAACCUAAAGUGCAUCGCGCCGGCGCUUACGAUUUCUCACUUUGCGGCCUAAAUGAUACGCCACCUCUAUCCGC